UCACACUGCUAGUUCGGUGCAGCUUUUUUCCUCAGAGUCACAUUUCGUCCUGUCUCAGAUAUACAUAUUUAAUACUGAUAGAUGUCUUGUGUUAGUAUGAUUCUAUACUACAAAAAAAACUUUUAAAAAAAUGAGUGUUUUAUGACAUUAUAAUUCACAUGUUGCCAGCGUGAGCCAUUGCUCGUCACCAUGAGUCUCCCUCACCAUGCUUACAGCCUAGUUUAGCCGCGGUGGUUCUCCAACCCUUUACUGUUUAUCGGCUGAAUAGUGGCCUAACGGAGGUUUUGUUGAGGAGAGAGGUGGCAGGAAUACGAAGACAUGAACCCACCGAAGAGGCUCCGCACUGCUGAGGAUGAAGUGGAAACACCAACAGAGGGGCGGGAGGAAGAGGAGAGGGGAGCAGUGGAUGUGAGUAUUGUCAUGCCAAUGUACAAUGCGUCCUGCUGGUUGGAUGAAUGUCUGCAGGCCAUAUCAAUACAAGACUUCACUGGCACAAUGGAGCUCUCUGUCUUUGACGAUGCAAGCACUGAUGACUCCAGAAAAGUAGUGGAGGGUUGGAGGGAGCAGCUGAAGUUGAGGGGGAUCUCUGUAGUGAUCUCUGGUCACAACUCUGCCCAGCCCAGAGGAGUGGGAUAUGCGAAGAAUAAAGCAGUAUCUCAGAGUCGUGGACAAUACUUGUGCUUUCAGGAUGCGGAUGAUGUGAUGUUGCCACAGAGAGUUCGGCUACAGUAUGAAGCAUCUCUCCUCAAACCAAACUCUCUGAUAGGCUGUAAAGUACAGAGGCUUCCAGAAGGAUCUACUGAGCGUUACACUCGUUGGAUCAACACAAUCACACAGGAGCAGCUCAUCACACAGGUGUACACUUCUCACGGGCCCACAGUCAUCAUGCCAACAUGGUUCUGCUCAAGGAGCUGGUUUCUGAAAGUUGGACCAUUUGAUGAAGGAGGCAAGGGAGUCCCUGAGGACCUACUCUUCUUCUACCAAAGUCUUCGCCAAGGAGGGGGCGUGGCCAGAGUGGAUGAGUGCCUGCUGGUGUACCGUUACCACGAGAAGGCUGCAACACACUCUGUGACUGAGGAAACUAUUUGGAAGUUGAGGGUGGACUUCCUGCAGGAGAGAGUUCUUAGCCAAUGGGAGAGCUUCACCGUAUGGAACGCAGGGAAACAGGGACGCAAGCUGUACCGCAGUCUAAGCCCAAGCAGUCAGAAGAAGGUGAAGGCUUUCUGUGAUGUUGAUGAAAACAAGAUUGAGAAAGGAUUUUACACAUAUGAAGAAUCCAAGCAAAGACCGAAGCCUAAAAUUCCAAUCCUGCACUACAAGGACGCCUCGGCCCCUUUCAUUAUCUGCGUCAAACUGGACAUGACGGGAGGCGUUCUGGAGGAGAAUUUGAACUCUCUUCAGCUGAAGGAAGGAAAAGACUUCUACCAUUUCAACUGACUGCUUAGAGCAAUGGAUGGGGGAAAAGCAGAGGGUCACUGGAAUAUUCACUCACAGAUACUGAAAUAUAAGAAGAUGAUAAGAGGGAAUGAGUGAGCUGAACACUUUGAUGGUUAAAAUAGGAGAUUUCAAAUCCUAAUAUUUUACGUUUAACAUGAUGCCAUGGGAGCUCUUCCCCACUUUUUCCUAUCAAUGUGUCAAGCCAAGCUAACUGGACUGACUGCGGUUCCUUUGAAUUAUAAAACAGUUUUUUCUAAUCAAGUAUUCUGAAUUGACAAGAGGUGGUCCGUGAGUGCUGAUAUGGAGUUCAACAUCACUGGGGCUUUUCUACAGUGUGUAUCGCUCCACCUCAGCAAAGUUUUCUGCAGUUAUGUAGCAGGUGGAGUUUUUCCUGAUCAGUUUAGCUGGUGCUGUUGAAUCACCAAACAGAUUCUUGUUGGAUUAUAAUUUAAAUAAUAAAGAUAAAUACACAUUAAAGUCAAAACCAACAAAACAUUGUCUUUAUAGUUUUUAUUCUAAUUAAAUCAUCACAGAUGCUGCUGUCUCUCUGCUUGGCAGGUGCAGUGCUUUUCAUUAAUCAGUAAGAAGCAUCAAGUGUCCACUAUUCCUGUUUUCACUGACCUGUGAAAAUCAUUUUAAAUGUUGUUGACCCAUCGGUCCGGUUGCCCUGUUCCUUAUUUUUAUAUGUGGGAGUUGGCAACAUGUCCAUGCAUAGCCUUUAAAAUGUAUUAUCAUCAGUAACAUCCACAACCCCCCUUGCUUUCUCAUCCAGAGGCUUUUUAAAAACAGCUGGAGAAGAUGAGAGGGAGAAGAAGCGGAUGGGUCUCGCUUCUCUGCUUAUCUUGCAACAGGUGCAAACUGUUCUUCUUGUGUUCGGUUAUGCCUGUUUCUUCCUUGUCUUCCCCAGUUUUUUAAUAGCGGUUAGCAAACACUACUGCCAUUGUCAUAACAUUACUGCCUCUUACAUUGGCAGAUAAAUCCCUGUCACAUUCUUAAAUGUUGUUCAAUUUUUUUAAUGGUUUGGACGUAUUUGUUGUGUGACUAUAUGCACUGAACCAUGACCCCCGAACAGUGAUGGUUCAGAUGGAUACAAUUGCUGUUACACCCUUAGCUGAUACCAAUAUGUAACUUUUUAGACUAAAAUCUGCCGAUAAUAUUGUGCAUCACUAGCCUAGACAGCAGUAGAAUAAUCUCAAGGAAUUCUGCCCUGGCAUUUUAAGCAGCUUUAGAUAUGGAAAUUGUACCCAUGAAAAGAUACGUCACAUUAUUUUAUCUUACACCACUGCACGGGACAAAGCUAAUAUCAGAUGUCCCGUCCUUUCUUGAUUCCAAAUGGUCAGUGAAGAAAAAAAGUGGCGUAGAGCAUGGUGGUGUUCCAGAGUUGAACUUUUUCUACUGAAAGCGCUAUGAGACACUGGCACUGAUGACAUUCUUGUACUCAUGGUUUUGACUGUGUACUGAAAACGCUGAACUACAUUAGUUUUGUAUUGAAAGAGGGCGCUGCCAGUCUUUGAUAUGCUGGCUGUAGAGCUGUUGUAUUUAGCAAUAUCACUCUUGAGGUUGUGAUGUUGUCUUGGAGCACUGUUGUGUUUAGCUUCAACAACCAAAACAGGGCAGGGCCGUUAUUCAGUACAUCACUCCCUCUUGUGCAAUAUUGCUCAACUAAGUGACAGUUAUCAGAGUGGUGUCUAUCAUUUGUUUUUUUUUUUCCUAAAA